AUGGUAAUCUCAUAUUUGUUCUUGUUUUCGGCUUUCAUCAUAAACCUUGGUGAAGCCCAAAAUGUGUGUGCUAAGGAAUCACGGUGUGGAGCCCAUGGUCCAGCCGUCCGAUUUCCCUUCCGACUUAAUAGCCAGCUAGACGACUGUGGGUCUCCUGGGUUUAAUCUCUCCUGCACUGAUACAAAUCAAACGGUGCUCGAGCUGCCGAUUUCAGUUAAGCUCUUUGUCAAAGAGAUUGACUACACAUCUCAUGUAAUUCAAUUAUAUGAUCCACAGAAUUGCUUCCCAAGGCAGCUUCAGGGACUCAAUUUAUCUUCCUCUCCUUUCAAAUUCAUACUAGAAGACGCUGGUUUCCUUUAUGACUAUUACUUAUUCAAUUGCUCCGCAAGGAAAGAUGAGUUAUUUGGUUCAAUCUCUUGUCUUAGUGGCCCUACCUACAAAGUUUAUUAUUCUAAUGUCAGUUAUUCUAGUUUCACCCUGGAGUCCUUCAUAUCCUGUACAAAGAUUUAUACGCUUCGAUCGGUUCCAAAAGCUAUAAUAGAUCAGGAUCAUUAUGGAUUUCUUGAAUUGAGUUGGUCUCUCCCAACGUACAAAGGUGCUCCAGCUGCUAAAGACAAUAAUAGCAGCGGAUCAGGAACUCAGUCUAAACAUGAUAAAGGUUCAUUAUCAAAGUUGGCGUUCGGUCUCAUUUUAGGUUCAUUUAUAUUAGUCCAAGCUAUCUCCUCUCUUUAUCGCAUCUAUACUUAUGACAAAGUUGAAAAAGAACAUCAAGCGAAGAUCGAAAAGUUUUUGGAGGAUUACAGAAAUUUCAGACCCUCAAGAUACUCUUAUGUCGAUAUUAAAAGGAUUACAAAUCAAUUUAAUGAGAAGUUAGGAGAAGGAGCUUAUGGAACAGUAUUCAAAGGAAAGCUUUCCAAUGAAAUUCAUGUUGCAGUGAAGAUUCUCAAUGUUUCCAAGGGAAAUGGGGAAGAAUUCAUAAAUGAAGUAGGAACAAUGGGUAGGAUUCAUCAUGUUAACGUGGUCCGCUUGGUUGGCUUCUGUGCUAAUGGAUUUAGACGGGCCCUAGUUUAUGAGUUCCUACCAAAUGAUUCACUAGAGAAGCUCAUAUCUUCAACGGCCACCAAGAAUUGUGUCCUUAAUUGGGAUAAACGACAAAAUAUUGCUCUUGGCGUAGCAAGAGGAAUUGAAUAUCUUCACCAAGGAUGCUAUCAACAAAUCCUCCAUUUUGAUAUCAAACCUCACAAUGUUUUGCUAGACCAAAAUCUUAAUCCAAAAAUUUCUGAUUUUGGUCUUGCCAAGUUGUGUUCGAAGGACCAAAGUGCAGUUUCCAUGACGACAGCCAGGGGGACUAUGGGUUACAUUGCACCCGAAGUGUUUUCUAGAAAUUUUGGGAAAGUGUCUUCUAAAGCAGAUGUUUAUAGCUUUGGGAUAUUGCUACUUGAAAUAGUUGGAGGGAGGAAAAAUGUUGACGUUAGAGUUGAGAACACUAGCCAAGUCUACUUUCCAGAAUGGAUCUACAAUCUAUUAGAACAAAAAGAAGACAUUAGAAUCUUUGUUGAAGAUGAUGGAAAUGCUAAAACUGCAAAGAAACUUGCAAUUGUAGGGCUUUGGUGCAUUCAAUGGCACCCAAUGGAUCGUCCUACCAUGAAAGAUGUGGUUCAGAUGUUGAAUGGAGAAGGAGAUAAAUUAACUAUACCUCCUAAUCCCUUUGCCUCCGCAGGCCCCAUAAAAAUUAAUGCAAAUCUACCCCCCAAACAUCAAAACCAUGAGUUGGAGAUCAUCCCAGAAUUAAGAUAAUUAUAUGUAAACUUAACAUAUGUGACAACUAUAUAGGUUGCAAACUUGCAAUGAUCUUAUACUUUUAGAACUUAUUAAUCCUGUCCUAUAGGGACUUCAAGUUUUUUCUUGUUUCAAUGUACGAGCAAUUUGA